AUGAUCAAUAUUCAUCAUCAUACAAUGAUUGACAUUAUUGGCAUGGAAAUAAUUCAAAUUCAUAUGAUUUUUAUGGUUCAACAUUCAUCUCAUACACUUUUACAACAAAAUGAUUUUACUCAACAAGUUUAUCUUAAAUAUAAACAACAAUAUCUUGAUGAAAAACAUUUUCGUCAACAUGUGUUUGAAGGUUUUCAACAAGAAACUCUUUGUGAUCAUGAAGCUGUCAAUUAUAUGACUGUUCCAGCACCCAAAGCAAUUGCUACUGCAGUAGCAAAGAACAGUGAUACAUCAAAUUCAUUAAAACCAAAUGGUGAACAUUUUCCGACAUGUAAUAAUCGUGGGCAAGCUCGACAAUCGAAUCGAUGA